UACACAAAAAUCAACCAAAGAAAAACUCAUGACCGUCGCAUCAGCUUAUGGUGUAGUGGAAGAAGCCGACGAAAAUCGUAAACUCUAUCUUCAGUGACGACCACCAGCUUUCUCUCACUCACCUUCCACCACGUGUCCUCCGAAACUUUCAUUUCCUCUCGAUAACGUAAUCUCAAACCUCUCUGAUAUAUAUAUCCUUCUCUCCACCUCUUGUUAUAAUUAUCCUCUCUGAUUUUGUUUGAACACAAGAGAGAGCUAGAGAUGGAUCACGCUGCAGAGGCGCACCGGACUGAUUUGAUGACCAUAACUCGUUUCGUGCUGAGCGAGCAGUCGAAGCACCCGGAGUCACGCGGCGACUUUACAAUUUUGUUGAAUCACAUUGUUCUUGGUUGCAAGUUUGUUUGUUCUGCUGUUAACAAGGCGGGUCUGGCCAAACUCAUUGGACUUGCUGGAGAAACCAACGUUCAGGGUGAAGAGCAGAAGAAAUUGGAUGUGCUUUCAAAUGAAGUUUUUAUUAAAGCUUUGGUCAGCAGUGGCCGAACAUGCAUCCUUGUCUCUGAAGAAGACGAGGAGGCAACAUUUGUAGAGCCCUCUAAGCGUGGAAGGUACUGUGUUGUUUUUGAUCCAUUGGAUGGAUCCUCUAACAUUGACUGUGGUGUUUCCAUUGGAACGAUUUUUGGGAUUUAUGCAAUGAAAGAUAGUCAAGAGCCAUCUCUAGAUGAUGUCUUGCAACCUGGAAAGAAUAUGGUGGCAGCUGGAUACUGUAUGUAUGGGAGUUCUUGCAUGCUUGUAUUAAGCACUGGGAGUGGUGUCAAUGGGUUCACCCUCGAUCCUUCUCUUGGAGAGUUUAUACUUACUCACCCUGGCAUCAAGAUUCCAAAGAAAGGAAAGAUUUAUUCUGUAAAUGAAGGAAAUGCUAAAAACUGGGAUGGUCCAACAACCAAGUAUGUGGAAAAAUGCAAGUUCCCUAAAGAUGGUUCAUCGCCAAAGUCUUUAAGAUACGUUGGAAGUAUGGUUGCUGAUGUCCACCGCACAAUGCUUUAUGGAGGUGUCUUUUUAUACCCUGCUGAUAAGAGCCCCAAUGGGAAACUACGUGUUCUCUAUGAAGUCUUCCCCAUGUCAUUCUUGAUGGAACAAGCAGGAGGCCAAGCUUUUACCGGCAAGCAAGGAGCGCUGGACUUGGUUCCGAAGAAGAUUCACGAGCGGUCUCCGAUAUUUCUUGGCAGCUAUGACGAUGUUGAAGAAAUCAAAGGAUUUUAUGCAGCUGAAGCGCUGCAGUAACGUGCUCACCAUGACAUUUACCUCAUUGGAUCUCAGUUCUAAUCAUCUUCUUGUGACCUAUCUUCUCUUUUAAGGUUUCUGCAUUUUCUAAAAUGAUAAAUUUAUCGGUGGACAACUGAAGUCCUAUUGAUACAUUUUAAUAUUGACUUAAGUGGUAACAUUAUUAUUAUAACGGGGUGUUUAGUGUA